GGAAGGAGAGCAGAGAGGGGAGGAAAGUUUUAUAAAACAGUGCUUUUCAGAGUCCCCUCCAGUCUGAGCACGCACAGAGAGAGAGAGAGAGUGAGAGAGAGAGAGGGACAAAGAGGACCAGUCUGCCUGAUCAGACCUAAGUGAAGAACUGUGUGGCUGCAACGAUGCGUUCGGAGAUUGUAGUCCUCUUGUCUGCUCUGCUUCCACUCUGUCUCUCGCAUGGAUGGGACCCUCUCAGCUGGGUGUUUCGCAGGCAAGGCCAAGGACAAUAUUUAAGCUCCCUGCAGGCAGACGCCGCCGGAGGGGCCUGUCCUGAUGAGUGUGACUGUCCUCCAUCCUACCCUGUUGCCAUGUACUGUGAUGGGCGGGGCCUGACGGCAAUGCCAGCUAUUCCCUCCCGUAUCAAGUAUCUGUACCUCCAAAACAAUGCCAUUACUGCUGUCCCAGACUCCGCCUUAGACAACGCAACCAGUUUGGCGUGGCUCCUGUUGCAUCACAACCAGCUAACCUCUGAUGCUAUUGGCCAGAAGGUGUUUUUGAAGUUGGAGGGACUGCAGCGUUUGUAUCUACAGCACAAUAAUUUGACCAGCAUUCCUCCAAACCUUCCUCGCUCUCUGCAAGACUUGCGAAUAAACCAUAACCAGAUUAAAAAGGUUACACCUGCUGACCUGGAGGGAAUGGACAACCUGACCAUCCUGGAACUUCAUGGCAAUGCAUUAUCAGAAGUGGGCACAUCCCUGAAGGCACUCAAAUCCCUGACAUUUCUGGAUAUUAGUGGCAACAAGUUGACAAAGGUCCCAGACGCUCUCCCUGAACAUCUGCACCAGCUGUACCUGGAGUCCAACUCCAUUGACUCUCUACCUGAAGGUUUCCUCAGUGGUUUAGCGCAGCUGCAGUACAUCAGGAUGGCCCACAACCUGCUCUCAGAUAAGGGUAUCCCUCCCAACACUUUUAAUGUGACAGGGCUGGUGGAACUGGACUUGAGCUUCAACAAACUGGAGAGAAUCCCUUCUGUCGGCACCACACUGAAGCAUCUUUAUCUGCAAGCCAAUCAGAUCAAAGAGUUCACUCUGGGGAGCUUCUGCCGCACCGUGGAUGUGUCAAACUUCUCCAAACUGCAAACCCUCCGACUGGAUGGAAACGAGAUCGGUCGUGACGACAUCCCUUCAGAGUCGGCCCUCUGCCUGCGCCAGGCCUCCAGCAUUGAGAUCUAACCAUUUCAAACAUGUGAAGACAACGUCACAUGUGCCACAGCGGGAGUCGAUCAUAUAAUGUGAUGUUUGAUGUUUGUGCAGGCGUGAAACUUUACUAAACCUUUUUUACAGUAUUACAGAACAGGUGCUAAUUCCAUUCAAACAUAAGAGCAUUCAUCUCAGUAAGAUUUAUCUAGGUUAGAUAAAAUAAAUGUAUCCUCAAAAAACAGUAUAUAAGCUUAAAAAGCCGUGAACCAUUUGUGACAUUUAUGUGAUCCUCAUCUUUGAUACAUUAUAAUGUGAAUACCAUUAACCAGUAUAAUCAAAGUUUGUAUCAUUUUAAAGAUUUUGAUGAUCUUUUUUUCAUCUGAAAAUGUGAUUACCAUCAUUUUGUAUUAAGUAUAAGGUGAAUCGUAUCAUUAUUAUUAGCUAUAGUACAGUAAAGGACUCUUGCAAGUCCAGUGAAUGGAAAUAUCCUUCCAGUCGGGUACAGGUUAUUGUCUUUGUGAUGAAAAUGCUAUCUCUUCAAGCAUUUGAUAAACAUAUAUAUUUUUUGGCACUUUCUUUAUUUCUUGAAAUAAAUAAAAUAUUUGAUUUAUGCGUGGGGGCAAAAUAAUCUCAUUUAAUCAGAGAUGCAGGGCUGUUUGUCUUGGAGGUGAGGAGUUAUGUUCCAGGCUUUACUCUCAUUGACUGUACGCAUGACAAGGACCUAUGCAUCAUAAGGAUCAUCAUGUCGAUUACUGAUUUCUUUGUUUUCUGAGAUGAUCAAAUAAAUAAAGGAUGCCACC